GCCGAGAAAAACUAAAACUUCUCUCUCUCUUCUCCUCUCAGCUCGCCUUGUGUUGUGUGUGCGGUGACGUGGGCCAUCCCCUCGCCUCCAUUUUUCUCCUGCCCGCCGCCGGCGAAUUCCUCCCCUCCGCUCGCCGCCGCUCGGGGCCCUCCUCUCUUACCCUCUCUCGCCGCCUCUCCUGCUCGCUCGCCUUCCCACCACAGCCCCUGCCGCCGCCGCCGCCAGCAGGGUUUGUUGCUUCCUUGGGAGUUGGGUUGGGAUCUCGUGGGGGAGGGGCGGCAGCGGAGGGCUGCGGAUUAGGGCUUCUUCCCGGCCCAUGGCGUGGCGGCGCGUCCUUUCGCAGGUUGCUAGGAACCGAUCGGCGUAUGCAAUCUGCAAUGAACUGAUAACCUCCAACCCAUCGAGGAUUCUUAGAGGUGACAUCGGCGCAGGUGGAACACUUAGAAACUUGCAUGAGAGGUAUCAGUCAAGCUAUGUUGGUAGCUUUGCACGGAGGAUGCGACAGAUGGACUCACCAAGUGAAGCCUCCCUGCUAAAAGAAAUAUAUAGAAGUGAUCCAGAACGUGUCAUACAGAUAUUUGAAAGCCAACCUUCAUUGCAUUCCAAUCCCUCAGCACUUUCUGAAUAUGUAAAAGCUCUUGUCAAGGUUGAUAGGCUGGAGGAGAGCACCUUGCUUAAAACAUUGCAGAGAGGUAUUGCUGCUUCAGCAAGGGAGGAAGAAAACCUUGGCAGUGUUUCAUCAUUUAAGAGUGCUGGCCAAGUGACAAAAGAUGGAAUUCUUGGCACUGCAAAUGCACCCAUUCACAUGGUUACAGCAGAAACAGGUCAAUUUAAGGAGCAGCUUUGGCGUACCUUUCGAAGUAUUGCACUAACAUUCCUCCUGAUUUCGGGCAUUGGGGCUCUUAUUGAGGAUAGAGGAAUAAGCAAAGGCCUUGGUCUAAAUGAAGAGGUUCAACCAAGCAUGGAAUCUAAUACGAAAUUCAGUGAUGUAAAGGGUGUAGAUGAAGCCAAAGCUGAACUUGAGGAAAUAGUUCACUACCUCCGAGAUCCUAAGCGUUUUACACGUCUUGGUGGAAAACUUCCAAAAGGUGUCUUGCUGGUUGGCCCUCCUGGCACUGGGAAGACCAUGUUAGCGAGGGCUAUUGCUGGGGAAGCUGGUGUUCCCUUCUUCUCAUGCAGUGGAAGUGAGUUUGAGGAGAUGUUUGUAGGUGUAGGAGCUAGAAGAGUCAGGGACCUUUUUGCUGCAGCUAAAAAACGUUCUCCCUGUAUCAUAUUCAUGGAUGAAAUUGAUGCGAUCGGUGGGAGUCGUAAUCCAAAGGAUCAACAGUAUAUGAAGAUGACGUUGAACCAGUUGCUUGUCGAGUUGGAUGGCUUUAAGCAGAAUGAGGGGAUUAUUGUCAUUGCUGCAACCAACUUUCCUGAGUCCCUAGAUAAAGCGCUAGUGAGACCUGGGCGCUUUGACCGGCAUAUUGUUGUUCCAAAUCCAGAUGUUGAAGGUCGGCGGCAAAUCCUAGAGUCCCAUAUGUCGAAGGUACUAAAGAGUGAUGAUGUGGAUUUGAUGAUCAUUGCCAGGGGAACACCUGGAUUCUCAGGUGCAGAUCUUGCUAACUUGGUAAAUGUGGCUGCUCUUAAGGCUGCCAUGGAUGGGGCAAAAGCCGUUACAAUGAACGACCUGGAGUAUGCGAAGGACCGGAUCAUGAUGGGCAGUGAGCGCAAGUCAGCGGUUAUUUCUGAUGAAUCCAGGAAAUUGACGGCUUACCAUGAGGGAGGGCAUGCCCUUGUUGCCAUCCACACAGAAGGGGCUCACCCUGUUCACAAAGCUACCAUAGUGCCCAGGGGAAUGGCCCUUGGGAUGGUGGCCCAACUUCCGGAUAAAGAUGAGACAAGCGUGUCACGGAAACAGAUGCUGGCAAGGUUGGAUGUGUGCAUGGGAGGGCGGGUCGCAGAGGAGCUUAUUUUCGGGGAUGGUGAGGUGACAUCUGGUGCUUCAUCCGACUUUAAGCAAGCAACUGCAGUGGCAAGAGCAAUGGUUACCAAAUACGGUAUGAGCAAGCAGCUUGGCUUUGUUUCAUACAAUUAUGAGGACGAUGGAAAGAGCAUGAGCACAGAAACAAGACUCCUGAUUGAGAAGGAGGUGAAGGUUUUCUUAGAGAAUGCAUACAACAAUGCAAAGACUAUUCUCACCAAACACAACAAGGAGCUCCAUGCUCUAGCCAACGCACUUCUUGAGCAUGAGACUCUCAGCGGAGCCCAAAUAAAGAACAUAUUGGCCCAGGUAAACAAUAAACAGCAGCAUGAGCAGGAGCAUGGCAUCGAAGCUCCACAGAAGACACCAGCUGCACCAUCUCCGGCGGCAUCAGCUGCAGCGGCGGCAGCCGCCGCCGCCGCCGCAGCGCAACAAGCUGCGGCGAAAGCCAAGGGUGAAAUCGCUGGUAUCGGAUCUUAGCGGUUACCACAUGAUUGUUAGAUCGAUUGACAGCUCUUGAGGAUCGCGAAGAGUAUGCUAAAUUGCUAAUGCUGCUGCAGUUUUCAACAGAACAUAUUUGAUCGUGUGUAAGCUGUAAUUCAUUUCAUGUUCCUCAAGUGUGUGGUAAGAAAGCACAGAGAUUGUACAUUGUAGCAGGCACAUUUAGACUGUGCUUGAAUCUGAAUUUUGUACCACAUGGCUACCACACACACGGAAAAUACUGUUGUUUACAUCCUAAUAAUUGCCACUGUUCGGCCUACCUUAGA